CUGGCUCUCUGACAGCCAGAAAAUCGGCCUCGGCCUGACGGCAUUCGGUUUGGUUUUCGGCGCGCUCGGAAUACUCUUUUUCUUCGACUCCGCACUCAUCUCCAUGGGCAAUAUCCUCUUCCUCCUGGGCAUCCUCUUCGUCAUCGGGCCAAAGUCCGUGAUGAAGUGUGUCCUGCGUGGAGGCAACCGCCGUCUCAAGGGAACGAUCGCCCUGCUGGGGGGUGUUGUGAUCGUCUUUUUCCGGUACUCCGUCAUCGGAGUCAUUCUUGAGGCCUACGGUGCCUUUGUCCUCUUCGGCGACUUUGCCCCCCAGGCCAUUCGCUUCCUCCGGCGGAUCCCGAUCGCCGGACAGGUCUUGUCCCUCCCAUUCAUCUCCAUGAUUGUUGACAAGAUCGCCGGGCCCCGGCAGCCGGUGUGACAGGCAACACCCAACCCCGGCAUGCUAGCCACUUGGCAUUGGCAAGGGUCGCCGAUAGGCGUGUCCUCUGCCUCCAUGCCCCUUCCCUCCCCCCCCCCUGGCCCUUCUCCUUUCUCCUCCCUCUCCCCUGCCCCUCGUCCCUGUUGCCAUCCAUUGGGGCCCACCAAGAGUUGUACCACUAGACCCCCCCUCCCCCCCCC